AUGAAAUCGCUUAUAUGUCUUUCGAUUUUCAGCGCCGCUCAAUCAGUCGCAAGCGAAAAGCUCAGCUAUGUCGCAGAGCCGCAAGAAGUCUACGUCGCACCAAAAGCUGCGAAUAUCACGACAUUGCUAGACUUCAUUGACUCUAGAGAAGAUCUUUCAAAUCUGUCAGCAAUGCUACGAGAGCCAGCUGGCUUUGCCAAAGCGUUUGACACGGCUCCCACUUGGGCUUUUACCUUUCUCGCCCCAAGUAAUGAAGCCUUCGAGAAUACCGGUGCUUACUAUAGCUCGUUUGCCGCAACACCGUAA